CAARCUUGAUGCUAUGGGACGGUGCUGAAACAGUUCUAAAAGUUGAACAAAUUUUCAAAGUUUAAAGCCUGCAAGAGAUUGUCAUGAGGAAUUUGAUCCUCUCGUUCGUGUUUUUCCAGUUCUUCAGUGUGAACAUACAAGAAACUUUGUGUUUGGGUGUAACAGUUCAAACCAAUUGUCAUGGAACCUUGUCAAGCACUGGACGGAUAACUUCACCGAAUUACCCAGGCUUGUAUCCAAACUAUCAAAGGUGCUAUUGGUUACUAACAGCCAACCCAGGAACUGUUCAUAUUUACUUUGAAGACUUUGCUACUGAGUCUGGUUAUGACUAUGUAAGGGUGUACGACGGAAGUUCAACCUCAUCUAACCAAAUUGGUUCAUUCAGUGGCUCCUCCCUUCCAAACAACCUAACAAGCUCGUCCAAUCAGAUGUACAUUACGUUUAGUUCUGAUGGGUCCCACACUUAUAAAGGAUUUUCGUUAAAGUAUUCUAAUAGCUCAGAUGCUUGCAGCAAUUACACAGAGCUGAAUGAUUAUCGCCGAUCAAGGUAUCAUAGUUCAUAUGGGACUAGAUGUGAUUACUACGACCUGUCCAAAGGCUGGUACCGUUUUACUGGUGCAGCAGGAACACACAUAGCAACAUCAUGCGUUCCUAAAUAUCAUUGCGGUACAUACGUACCAGGAUGGAUGAAUGGUUCACACCCAAGCAUACAAGAGGGGACAGUGAAUCGAACGGUCUGCUAUCACUGGUACUCUAGCUGCUGCACCUGGAGCAACACAAUUCGAGUCAAAAACUGCGGUGGUUACUAUGUUUAUGAGCUUGACAGAACACCAGCAUGUCACUUACGAUACUGCGGCAAUGGAGCAGUAAACUCGACGAUAUCGCCUUCUUCAACAUCAACUCAAAGCAUUGUACCGACAGCUACACAAUGGGCUCGUCCUCUUUCAACUUCCACUCAAAGCAUUGUACCGACAUCUACACAACGGACGCCACUACCAACAUCAACUCAAGCCGCAGUUUAUCCUACAACAUCAGUACAAGACAUGUGCAGCAAUUACAGAGUGYUGACCUCUGCUARUCGAUCAAAGCAUCAUCCUUCAAGCGCAUAUGAAUGUGAUAACUACUUGACUAAAGGCUGGUAUCGUUUUACUGGUGCAGCAGGGACACACAUAGCAACAUAUUGCGUUCCCGGGAGACAUUGCAACGCAUAUUAUUCUGGUUGGAUGUAUGGUUCACAUCCGACUGUAGGCGAAGGCAUCGUAUACCGCACAGUCUACUAUAGCUCGCCUGGCUAUUGCAGCUAUAGUUAUUCUAACACAAUUAGAGUUAAAAAUUGCAGCAGCUUCUUUGUUUAUGAGCUUGACAGAACACCAGCAUGUAAUCUGCGGUACUGUGGCAAUGGAACAGGACCUGCAACCUUGCAUACCUUGGAUUUCCUCAUUUCGCUGAUAGAAAAGAUGGAGAGACUAAAUAACAAUAUGCCAAUGGCAGCAAUCUUGAGUUACAUCAGAACAUUUGCCGGUUAUGAUGAUGCCAAAUGGACAACGUUACUUGGAGCUACAAACGGCUCUUUGCCCAAUGGUAUUCUAAUGUUAAAUGAGACAACUGCGCUCAUCAACAUGGUCCAGCAUCGUUUCUCUGGGCAACUAGAACAGGGCGUGGCCUUGACACCAUACGGAAACGUAGCAAUGGGUCCUGUUAUARCAGGGAUAUGUGCAGGKCUUARUAGGAAUARRAACCUCUGGCUAUGGCAGAUAUCACGACAAAUCGACAACCUAUACRUGGCAACACUUGCUGGUGAUCUUGGUCUGACGUCCCUCGUCAAGAAAAUCAAACCUUAUCUACCAUUGCUUGGKCCAUCAGGUGUCUGGUCACCMAACACUCAGUGCCCACAAUACUUCUCUGUCAGCGGGUCAACACCUUCAAUGGCUACAGAUGCACAGAUUCGCGGUGGAAUUGACGGAUUCUUACUGGGUUUUAAGCUACCAGAGUGGAUAAGUCGAGGUGUCCGUCUAUCUCAGUUGCUACGAAUGUAUUAUCAAGGUGGAGUUGUGUAUGACAAAGAGUUUGCUGCAUGCAGACGAAUGAAUACUUUUAGAAAGAUUGUUCAUGACAGAGAYUUAGCAGAACAAACCACAUCGGCCACUUAUGCAGUAAAAGCUCUUUGGAACAACGGUUUAGAUUUCUCGUCAGUGCAAUAUUAUGAAAUCCCUCAACUUGCCAAUAACACUGUUCAGCAAUUUUAUAACCAUACAACAAGCUUUUUCAGCAGACACAGUUGCCCAGCACCUGGAGACGAUGAAGGAUGUUCGCUGUCCGCUAACAUUGUGUUCGUACUUGACGAGUCUGGAAGCAUCGGUUKGAGCAACUACGAAGUAGAGAAAGAGUUUGUACAGAAAAUCAUUGACGCGUUUGAAAUUUCGCCAUAUAAAGCCCGCGUUGCUGUWGUGGAAUACGCUARCUAUGCGUACGAAUCCAUCAGACUUGGAGAGCAUUCUUCUAAAUCUGCAUUGUUGUGCGCCGUGRACAAACUUACUUUUGCAAGUGGCGGUACAGCAACCAGGCUGGCUCUACAGAAAGCUUAUGAUAUUCUUAUAAAUGCUCGGUCCAAUGUUAACCCUAACCAGGCUAACGAUCCACAGAUCGUCAUUCUACUGACCGAUGGCCAUUCGAACGGCGGUUUAUCGUCAAUCGUGAGCACCCUCAAGCAAAACAUUAGAGGGUUGACAAUGGUCGCUGUAGGUGUUGGUAGUUACAACCUCAAUGAGCUUCAACUUAUUGCUACUGAUCCGAACAAACACGUGUUGAGUACAAAUGACUUCAACAAACUGAUAGGUUUGGCUCAACAACUCAAAAACCAAACAUGCAACACUGCAACCGUUUUGAAACCCGAUGUACGAAGUAUCAAUGCAUCAAGCUACAAUCAGACCCAAGUAACAGGAUACGUAUCGCCUGGAAAACCGCGGUAUUUUAAACUGGAUUCUGUGACUAUUUACAAUGUCAACAUCAGAAUAACGAUAACGUCAUAUUUUGGUACAUUGAUCAUUUAUGGUUCAUGGAGCGACAGCACACCUAACGAGUACAACCACGAUUUUAAAUACACAGUCAGAGAAUUCCAGUGGAGCGGUAGUAACAACGGUAAAGAUCUAAAAUACAUCAUGAUGUGCUCAAUAAUUAUAUCCUAUUUUCUUUUCGUUCUCAGGURUAUCAGUGGCGUUAAAUGACAUUUGCAAAGCUAACAAUGUAUCGUGUUAUGGGCGUGGACUGUUCAUCGCACUUGUUGGAGGAAACUCGUCCAAUUCUUGUUCCGAUCGAGAUUGCUCYGUUCCUUACCAGAUAAAGUUUACACUGUUUGCAG